UGACCUCCGUGACCCAAGAUGGCGGCGCCCAGGGAGGCGGAGGAUGUGUUUUGAGUGAGCCAAAGGUCUAUCUUGAAGCUCAUCCACCAUGUCGAAGGUCGCUCGUGCCGCCAAAUCUAUCCCGAAGGUGGAUCCUGGGAAUGUGAUCCGGACAAUAAUUCGAGCUGGACAGGCUGCACCAGGACCACCCUUGGGCCCUGUCCUUGGGCAGAGAGGCAUCCCGGUUGGGCAGUUUUGCAAAGACUUCAAUGAGCGGACCAAAGACAUCAAGGACGGGAUCCCACUGCCCACGUACAUCACGGUGCAGCCUGACAGAUCAUACGAAAUCCAGAUUAACAAGCCAACAGCCACUUACUUUCUGCUCUCGGCUGCCGGGGUAGAGAAGGGAGCCUCAAAUCCCGGGCAGGAGGUGGCUGGCAUGGUCACCCUGAAGCACCUCUACGAAAUCGCCCUGGUGAAGGGCCAGGACCCGUGCUUUGUGCUGCGUGACAUGCCGCUCGAGAAGAUUGUCCGGUCGCUCAUCGGCACUGCCCGCUCGCUGGGCAUCCAGGUGGUGAGAGAGCUGAACGCAGAGGAAUACGGUGUCUUCCUGAAGGAGCGUGAAGAGAAGUUGGCAGCUGAGGCUGCAGAAAGAGAGGCCGAGCGGGCAGCUCUGAAGAAGAAACUCGCCGCCGCCGCCCCAGUCUAGCUCUCUGGAACUGGGAUCCCUGGAGAGCGAUGGGAUGCCGCCGGAUGCUAUCCCACCUUUUCUUCAGGCACGGUGUGGUGGGAUUUAGGUCUCUCCCACGGCCUGUUUGGGCACCGUGUUGCCAGAGGGAGGAAGGAAGGGGGUGUCUUGAAGGCAUGAGCCUGGAAGGGCCAGAUCCUUGGUUGGGGUGGUUCUUGCACUGCACGUUCUGGUGUCGUCAUUGUAAGUGUGAAUAACAACCCGGAGCCCAGGA